GACGGCUCCGCUGAUGCACCGGCUUCUCGCUCGUCCUCUGCUGCACCGAGCCGCUUGUUUUAGUCUCUGCAUUUGGGCCUGCAUGUUGUCUCCCUGUUGGUCGCGUGACGCGUGCAUCAGAAGAGCACAUCGUGCAGUGUCUGCGCGCGCCGGUUGAUAUGAGAGAUGACGGGUCGCGAGCUUCCAUCGUAGGCCCCCCCCCCGAGACGCUAGUUCCUCAGAUGAAAAUGGUCCCGUGAGAUGUAGUCUCGGAUCACGGAGGGGGGUUUUCUCAGCAGCGAUAAGGUCAAGAACAACAACAAAAAAUGAAGAUUUGGAGCACGGAACAUGUUUUCAGCUACCCGUGGGAGACGGUGGUCAAAGCCGCCAUGAGGAAGUACCCGAACCCCAUGAACCCCAACGUGGUCGGGGUGGACGUGCUGGACCGCGGUCUGGAUACAGAGGGACGCCUGCACAGCCACAGACUCCUCAGCACGGAGUGGGGCCUCCCGGGCAUCGUGCGAGCGAUACUGGGAACUAACUACACGCAGACGUAUGUGAAGGAACACUCCAUAGUGGACCCGGAGAAGAAAAAGAUGGAGCUGUGCUCAACAAACAUCACUCUCACCAACCUGAUUUCAGUGGACGAGAGGCUUCAGUACACACCGCACCCAGACAACCCAGAGGUGACCGUCCUGACCCAGGAGGCCAUCAUCACAGUCAAGGGAGUGAGUCUAAGCAGUUACCUGGAGGGGAUGAUGGCGAUGAGAAUGUCAGCCAACGCCAGCAAGGUGACAACACAAAUCGCAGAGAGCACAUUUGCAUUCACACACGUCUUUUUAUCCUUUGCACGUCGUCUGAAGUUACAAAAACGUUGCGUAGGAUUUUCUUUGCAUGCCUUCUAACUGGGACUUUAUUUUUUGCCCCGAGGUCACUGCUCCCAGCGGGCUGCUGUCGUCUCUUUAACCCUCUUGUUUCUCUGUGUGGAUCCGUAGGGUUGGGAUGCGAUUGAGUGGAUUAUUCAGAACUCUGAAAGAGAGAAACGUACCUCUCUGUGACGUUUACUAACUCUGGUAACUCUUCUCUUCGCUUUUCUUCACAACCCCGCCAUUCGUACCAGGUUAUUUGAAGCACGCCACUCUUUCAUUCCCCCCCCCCCCCCCCCUCAAAAACGUACAAAAGUCUUUGUACUCGCGUGUGUCAAUAUUUGCUCAGCGCUCAUUUGUUUGCACACGCAGGACGGCGGCCGGACGGCGGCCGGACAGCCUCCGCGCCUCAUAAACCGACGGGGGUUCCCAGCAUCUGCAGGGUCCUCUGCAGUCGGUACUUAAAUCUUAAGCUAAGACUGGAAGGGAAAUGCUGCCCCGAAGCCGAACGGGUGCAGAGCUGGAUUGAAGGGUCCCAGGUCUGUUCUCAUCAAGGUGGAACCAACCGGACCGUUUCCCUUCCAUGCGUUAAAAACAAGCUUCUAGGCGACUGCCGUCACGAGCCGACCGACUACUCCACUGGUUUGAUUCGAGUGUUACUUCCACACGUUUCCUUUUGCUCUCGUGUCACAUCUUCGCACAGCGGGGAAGAGAUGCAGAGGAGGGAUGCAGCACGCACAUGUACACGUUUAAAGGAAACGUGAUAUGGUAUAAUGACAGUAAGACUUUUAUUUCCACUGAUGGAAUACUCUUUUUUUUUUUUUUACUGGUGCUUAUGCGUUUUUAAGAUUACCUUCUUUAUCUGCUUUCCAUGCAAAAGUAUAUACAGUGUUUACUUUUUAAAAAAACCAGCAGAUUUGUAUGUGAAGAUGCGGAUGACACGUUUGGCUUUUGUGAUUAGUAAAGUAAAAAGUUAUGUUGACCGUCUUUGUGGGCAGAAUGGCAAUUCUUUUUUUUAAUAUGGCCUUAAAUUAUGCCUGUGUUUUAUUGCUUUGGUACUCAUUCAUGCACUUGAUGCUUCCAAAUGCUGUACACCCCAGAGGAGCAGCGCUGCACACAAUUACGAUGACAUUUCUUGGUUAAAUUUAUUAUUUACAUAAUAUUUGUAUAACUUUUUAUUUUAAAACUUUGUGUGAAUGUAUUGUUUGUAUUAUCGGAAUGUAAUGCUAAAAGAUUAAUUUGCUUUUUAAAAUGUUUUUCUUUUUACUGCUGCAACAAUUAAAACAAAAAUGACAUUUUG